GCGCAUGCGCGGCAGCGGGGCCCGGCCCGCGGCGGCGGUGGCGAAGGGGCGGCGGGGUUCACUACCCGCAGUAGCCAAGCUGCGGCGGCUGUGUCGGUAUGGUGUAGCUGGGCCUGCGGGCAGGCGGCGGGCCGCGGGCGGGGGCGAGGCGGCCGCAAGGGCCGACGCCGCCUGACUGGCUCGGGUGUAGCGGCAGCACGCUGAGGGGGCGUCGCCGCCGCCGGCCCCCGGCGCCGCCGCGGGAGGCCGCGCCCGCCAUGGCGGCCCGGGCGGUGCUGGACGAAUUCACGGCGCCCGCGGAGAAGGCGGCGCUGCUGGAGCGGAGCCGCGGCCGCAUCGAGGGCCUGUUCGGCGUGAGCCUGGCGGUGCUCGGCGCGCUCGGGGCCGAAGAACCGCUGCCCGCGCGCAUCUGGCUGCAGCUCCGCGGGGCGCAGGAGGCGGUGCACAGCGCCAAGGAAUAUAUUAAAGGAAUCUGUGAACCUGAACUAGAAGAAAGAGAAUGUUAUCCCAAGGCCAUGCACUGUAUUUUUGUUGGGGCACAGAGCCUGUUUCUGAAGAGCUUGAUUCAGGACACAUGUGCUGAUCUCUGCAUUCUGGACAUUGGUCUUCUUGGCAUCAGAGGAAGUGCUGAAGCUGUGGUCAUGGCUAGGAGUCACAUUCAGCAGUUCGUAAAGCUCUUUGAGAAUAAUGAGAACCUACCCAACAGUCAGAAAGAAUCCGAGGUAAAAAGGGAAUUUAAACAAUUUGUUGAAGCUCGUGCAGACAAUUAUACAAUGGACUUGUUAAUUUUGCCCACUUCCUUGAAAAAAGAGCUUUUGACACUUACACAAGGUGAGGAGAAUUUAUUUGAAACAGGAAAUGAUGAUGUUACUGAAAUUGGAGAUUCUAAACGAACAGAGUUUACACAGAAUGCUGCCACAGGGCUGAAUAUUUCCAGAGAUGAAAUUGUUUUGCAGGAAGAUGCAAGAAAUAAAGCUGGCACUCCUGUUUCUGAGCUUACAAAACAAAUGGACACAAUCUUUUCUAGUUCACAAGAUGUACUUUUUGUUCCAAUAAAUGGUCUAACCCCAGAUGAAGAGGCACUUUCCAAAGACAGAAUUUGUCAUAAAAGGAGAUUUUCUGAUUCUGAAGAAAGGCAUACGAAGAAACAGUUUUCUUUGGAAAAUGUUCAAGAGGGGGAGCUUUUACAUGAUGGUAAGACAUUAGCUGGAAAUGUAAUCAUUGACCUAUCUGAUUCUUCGGCAGAUCCUGAAAAUUUAAGUCCAGAUGUAAAGGACACCACUGAGGAAAUGGAAUACAAUAUCCUUGUGAACUUUUUUAAAACCAUGGGCUAUUCCCAAGAAAUUGUUGAAAAGGUCAUUAGGGAGUAUGGGCCAUCUACUGAACCAUUAUUGCUCUUAGAAGAAAUUGAAAAAGAAAAUAAGAGAUUCCAAGAAGACCGAGAAUCUUCACCUGGUACUAUGUGUCCGGAGACCAACAGAACCAAAAAUAAAGGUGUUUGUAGCAGCAUAAAUGAGCUUACAACAGAUUCUACUCCAAAGAAAAUACAAACUCACACACAGCAAAAUAUGGUAGAAAAAUUUUCUCAGUUACCAUUCAAAGAAUCAAAACCAUGUACCUCAAAUUGCAAAAUUAACGCUUUCAAAACAGUGCCGAUAGAACAGAAACAAGAAAUCUGGAGUUCAAACCAGAAUUAUAUGUGUAACAUGGACCUUGAAACUGAUGGCCUUUCACCUUCUGUUGUCCCUUCAAGUCCCAAAGAAGUUGUCAGUUUUGUUUCCAGAGGCGCUUCAAGUCACCAGCCCAGAAUUCCAGUUUUUCCUGAAAAUGGUUUGCAGCAGCAAGCAGAGCCCUUGCUUCCAAGUAAUGUGAAGUCUGCCUGUGAAAACCGUUCCGGGUGUUGUAGCUCUCCACAGUCUAAGUCAAAUUGUCCACCCCUUUCUCCACCAAUGCCACUGCCCCAGCUCCUACCUUCAGUUACUGAUGCAAGGUUGGCGGGACCGUCUGAUCAUAUUGAUUCCUCAGUUACGGGCGUUCAAAGGUUUCGAGAUACUCUGAAAAUACCCUACAAGCUCGAAUUAAAAAAUGAGCCAGGGAGAACGGAUUUGAAGCACAUUGUUAUAGACGGGAGCAAUGUCGCAAUUACCCACGGUCUGAAAAAGUUCUUUUCUUGUCGUGGAAUUGCAAUUGCGGUUGAAUAUUUUUGGAAGCUUGGCAACAGAAACAUCACUGUAUUUGUCCCACAGUGGAGAACAAGACGUGAUCCUAAUGUCACAGAACAGCACUUCUUAACCCAGCUCCAGGAGCUUGGAAUAUUAUCUUUAACUCCUGCCCGGAUGGUCUUUGGAGAAAGAAUUGCUUCUCAUGAUGACAGGUUUCUACUACACUUAGCGGACAAAACUGGUGGCAUAAUUGUAACAAAUGAUAACUUCAGAGAAUUUGUGACUGAGUCAGUCUCUUGGAGAGAAAUUAUUACAAAAAGAUUGCUUCAGUAUACCUUUGUCGGGGAUAUAUUUAUGGUUCCUGAUGACCCUCUGGGAAGAAGCGGACCUCGAUUAGAAGACUUUCUUAGGAAAGAAGUCUUCCUUAGAGAUAUGCAGCCCCUGCUCAAUGCCUUGCCAAAUGUGGGCAUAUUUGACGCCAGCUUCAGAGUCCCUGGGGCCCAGGCAGCCAGCACCAGCCACCAGCCUCCAGCCCGGAUUCAGGGUGCCCCACCUAGCCACUGGCUCCCUCAGCAGCCCCGCUUCCCAGUUCUGUCGAACCUUCCCAGUAUGCAGCAGAACGUGCCCAUGCCAGCACAGAGGUCUCCUGCAGAAACCAGCGAGCUGAGGGAAGCCCUUCUGAAGAUCUUCCCUGACUCCGAGCAGAGACUGAAAAUCGACCAGAUAUUGGUGGCCCACCCAUACAUGAAAGACCUGAACGCACUGUCUGCCAUGGUGUUGGACUGAAGGCCACACUCGAGCUAGUGUCUGCAAGUGGCAGCAGGAAGCGACAUAAUGUGAAGAGACCGAUUUCCCAGUGGAAAUGCUAUUGUAGUAUAUAGAAAAGAAAACAGAUGUUUUGUGUAUAAAAAAAUCUGGGUUUUCAAAACCAGCUUUUUCUAUAUAUAAAUUAUGCUGCUAUUACAGAUUUAACAUUUUCUGUAAAAGGAAAGUACAUUUUCUGCCUGUUCAGAACUGUUUAAUAGCAGUUACUCUUGAGUGUAUUUACAUUUUUAUGUUUUUUAAACUAUUUUCCUUAAAGCUGAAAAUAUUGACAAAUGGAUAUGAGUAGCCUUUCUAAAUAAAAAAAAAAAAAAAGAGUUGCUUUCUUAGGGAAAGCAAGACCUCUUAAAGUAUAUUUUCUUGAGAUGACUAUGUAACGUCCACUAACAUGAAGUGUGCUCAUCCCUCCCGGUCUCCUCUGCCCUCACCCCUGGAAUUAGAGUCGUAGGAGUUGGGUUUGCUCCUGUGGGUCUUUUGUUGGAGCCAUUUGUGAGAGUGGGCAGGUGGUGCCACUAGAUGGCACCUGUGCCUAGCCAUUGUUAAUGACCAGGGCACAGUUAGACUCCCAGAAUGUCAGGGCAAGAAGAAACUUCAGAACUCAUGUAAUCCCACCCUACUUCCCCUCCCACCCUGAAGAAGAGGGAACUGAGGCUCAGUGUGCUCAUGUCUGCACAUGCCCAGGUCCACAGCCGUAGAGCAGCUGGGCAGGGACCAGACUCCUUGUCCAGUGCUCUGACAUGCUCACCACGCUGAGGCCUCGCUAUACCUGACCUGACUCUAGAAGUCAUGUCUUAGCCUCUGAAAAUAAUAGUGGGAUGUGAAGAAAUUUAACAAAGAGCCCCAUCGUUACAGUAAUUUUGUGUCCACAUCAUGGGAGAUACAACCCAUGUAAAGUUUAUACAGCUUUGCCAAAAGUGGUUUUCUAUUCUCAAGAAUGACCCUAAGCCAAUAAAUAGCAUUAGUAGCUGCCAUGAGGGCUCAGAGUCCCUUAUUUAUUUUUCCUGUGUUUGUCUUUUUCGUGUUCUUCUAAGCUGCCCUUCCUGUGAGUGAGUCUAUCUCAGAAUUGGUAUCUUAGUAUUGUGUUUUCAGUGUUGUUCAAAUUCUGUGUCAGUGAAGUUCUUUUCCUGGAUAAUUAUUCUUAACAUCUUUACUGUUCUCUGGACUUUCAAAGGGCUUUGUAUUUUAUACCUGUUCUCUUCCCAGGCUGCUCACGGUCAGUUUUUUAUCUGCCCUGUGGGUCACGUCUCUCCCAGCCCCCAGAAACAGCUGCUGAGGACUCAGUGCUGGUUUGGUUUUCAUAGUGAAGGGACUUUUUUGGCCAUGAGCAGAGCUGGUGACUCCCCAGGAGGCUCCCUCCAGGUGUGUUUGACCUCUGUAUCCCUCCAGGGAUGAAUCCAGAGUCCUCCAGGUGGCUGGACUUACACUUCAUUCAUGUUUUCUCCCCGAUGCCUUUAAGAUGCUUCCUGACGAGGAACUGGUUGUCCACUGCCUUUUGGGGGCAGGUUGCCAGAGUCACCCACCCAGUUGUGGAUGGAGACUUGAGGUGGCCAGGAAGUGACUCAGUCACAGCCCUUGUGCCUCAUCUUCAGAACUGGUGGUUUGUAAAAGUGUGGCAGACGUGUGAGGGCUAGGGCUGUCUCGUAGUUACUCUGACCUUCUGGGUUGAGGUUUGGUCUGACAGUGUUGCCAAUCCAAUAUUUCUCUAAUGUUCAGAAAAGGACCCGGGGGUAAGCCUUGAUGGCUGAGGCUUAGCCACAGAGGUCUUCCUGAAAGGGGACUAAGCCUCCACUGAUGCCGGGUGGGGCUGGCUAGGCUUGGGGUUCCAGAGUUUCCUAGGCUCUAGACGUGACUUGACCUUUGAGCUUUGUAUCAUGUAAGCCUCUGUAUUCUCAGUAUUGUUUCUGAGGGCUCUACCUGCCCCUUUCCUCUUUCUGGGCGUGGGAAGGAAGGAUGCAGGAGACUAAGUGGGUUAAUUACUUCCUUUGAUAAAUUACAACAUCAAACAUAAGUCACAGUUCUUUCUGAAAAUCAUCAGCCUUAGUUAAAUUUAGUAUUUAAAAACUCAAUUUUCAGACCAUUAAAAAAAGUCCUUCAGCCUUCUCUUAAUAUUAAGCUCAGUGUUGAUGCUACUCAAAUGUUUCUUGAUGGUCUGCCCCCAGCAGUGGAUUUUUGAGCCACCUUGGCAGUGUCAGCAAUGCAUCAUCAUUUUGUAACUCCUCAGGGGGUUACAGAGUGUGGUGCCUCUGCGUCCUGUAUUUCCCGGCAUUCCCAUGAAGGAGGUGGCCUGGCAAGGAUGCACCUUAUUUGGUACACUGGCAUCUGGUGCUCAGAGAGGUUGUCCGGGGUCAGAGGAUAAGUAGAUGGUGAUGCGGGAUGAUUCCCAGGCCUGCAUUCUUCCCAGGCCCCGGCUCCCCGCUCUGGGAGAAGAAAGCCUUGUUUGACCUUUCUGUCAAGUACCCUGUGUUUGAGACCCAGUAGGCUGCUGGCUAGAAAACAGUGGGAAGGCGUCUCCGCCAUCCCGGAUGACAGGUCAGCUUUGUCUGGCAGACUCAGCUAUGGUGUGGAGGUGUUGCUGGGGACUCAGGCCUGUUGCAGCUUUUGGUCUCUGAGAGGAGGGAUGGGGUCUUGCUUAGGUUUGUCGUGGCACAUGUAGAGUAUGAGUCACAGAGAAAGCUGUGCUCUCUGUGAUUGCUCCUAGCACCCUCCCCCACCACAGGAGAUGCCCCAGGCACAGGGCCCCCUGAAUUUGGGCCUUGGCACCAUUCUCCCUCAGCUUCCAGCUGUCCACCAGCACUCCCAGGUCCUCCCCUGUCCUUCCUUCCCAUGUCCCUCUCCUCUCCUCACUGUGGUCUGUUUGGUCAGUCACUGACUCCUGCCAUUUGUUUCUUCAUUAUCUACCUCCCCAUCAUUCUCCAUUAUUACAGCUUGGCUCCUGUAGUAAAAUCACCCGAUUUCCCCUAAGAAUCCUCUCCAUGCAUUGCUGCUCUCCCUCACCUUCCCACUCUUCACUUCCUUAUUUGCAAACUUGACCUUCAUCCCACCCACUGCCUGAAAUAGUCUAGGAGAAGUCAUCAGGGACCAGUAAUUGCCGAAUUAGAGGCCUUUUCUCAAUACUUAAUCUUCGUGUCCACCCUCAGUGACCAGAAUACUUGACAUUGUGGCCCUUACUUUCCUCCUUUUCUGAGAUUUCCCUCCCAAAUGUUCCUCAUUCUUUUCUAUUCUUUUACCUAAAGGCCAGUCCUCGAGACCCUUUUCUUUCUUGACAGGUAGUCAAACUUCAGACCAGCCAUGGACUUGUGAUGGGGAGGGCGGCUCUUGCUAAAAAUGCGGAUUACUAGGCACAACCCCCAGGGCUCUUUAUUCAGUGGCCCUGGAGUAAAGCCCAGAAAUUGGAGACAUCAGCAAGCUCCUUGGGUGUUUCCCACACAGGCUGUCCAGGGACCACAUUGUGAGAAACUGUACUCACCCUUAAUGGUCAUUAACUCUAGCUUCCUUCCGCCCUCCCUAACUUCCCUGCCUCCACAUGUCCCCUCUGGGCAGUGACUUCCAGUCCCACCUCUAGGCCUGCCAUUCAGAAAUGCGUUUUUAGCAUGACUGGAAACCCUGUGACAUCCUCAGACUCACUCCCCAGACCCUCAGCCUGCUUCUGUUCCUUGCUGUCCCUUCCCACCCCACCCUGCCACAGCGUUCCCUCAUCCACCUUGUCCUUGUCCUGCCAGUGCCCACCAGUCAUUCUCUCAUGCUCUCAGGCAGCCCCUGAUCAGUCAGCCCACCCCACCCUCCCAGACGCCAGCGUGCUCCCAGAUUUAUCUUCCAGAAAUGCAUUGCUGGUCACAAACCAUCCUAUUCAGUGAUCUUCAGUGCCUCUUCGCCAGAGCACCAAGCUCAGCCCUCCCUGAGCGUAGUAUCCGUGCUGUCCUCAUGGCCACGUGUGACUGCCCACUUUGAAUAGCCCUUCCCCAGAUGCUCACUGCAGCCCACACACGUUUCCUCAGUUCCCUGUGGGCUCCUGCCUCUGUGUGCACCUCUUUUUCGCUGCUAGAGAUGCCCUUUCUCCCAAAUGGCUUCCCCCUCAAUGACCCAGUCUCCUGCCUUCUCUUUGUGCCCUUGCCUGUGCUUCUGGCCAGAAACAACCCUGUGGCACUCUGUGACCCACAGCGCUUGUGUCUCGCUUUUGGCACCUGCCGCACUGGCCGGUAUCAUUGCAGCUGAUUGUGUACUGUGUCUCACCUCCCUUUCUAGACUGUGAGCUCCUCGCGGGCAGGGACCGUCUGUGUUCACUCUUUGUAUUUCCCAUGGCACCUAGCACAGUGCCUUGCACUUAAUAGGUGCUCAAUAAACGUCUGCUCAACUGAA